AUGACGAACGGCUGUGCUGCGAAGUUCUUUGUCUGGGCCCACGCAGUGGUCCGCUUUCCACGCACCUCAUCGCCGGGGGGCCACUUACGCUGCUCUUGGCGGGGCCCUACCCGUACCGCGGCCAUUGUUAAAGGAAAGCCGGUGGCUGCUGAUCUGUCCACUGAUGCUUAUGAUGUUGAAGGCUUGAAGCUGCUGAAACUGGGCGCCGGAUCUGGAAAUGAGGGAUACUGCAGCCGGGCGGGUUCUGGUCAGCGGAACUCUUUCUCAAGUUGUGUAGCUCAAUGCAAGUACCUGCAUGCCCGUUCCAGCAAUCAGCAAGCCACACAGUGCAGCGCUCGCAACCCGAAACUGCAAGUCCAGCAGUGCAUGACUACACGACUGCAGCGUGGCCUUAUCAUCAGUCCAUAUAAAACCUUCCAAGGUUCGUCAAGGAAAAGCAUCACGAUCUUCAUUGCCAUUUCUCCAGGCUGCGAUCCGGUACCCCAUAGUCAUUCACUUAGACUGCCUACCCUGAAUAGGCCAAGACUCCGCCUCGGCCUCAACCACGCGAGACUUGCAAGCAUCUGGCCUGAUCAAAACCGCACGCAGCGCUGGCUCUUGAUAGCCGAUGGUUGCCCUUGCAUUGGCAUUGGUGAACUGCUUCCGAGGAGCGAUUUAUUCUCGUCGUUGAAGAAGAAAGUCGUCGUGUUGAGGAACACGGGUAACCCUUUGCCUGCAUACUUGAGCAAGAGGGAUUUAUCUGUGUUUGAUAUUUGA